AUGGCUGCAGCUAGUGACAGCAACCCAACUAGGGGAGAAAACUCGUUAGCUAGUGACAGCAACCCAACUAGGGGAGAAAACUCUAAAGUGACUGACAGCAACCCAAUUAGGGGAGAAAACUCGUUAGUUAGUGACAGCAACCCAUCUAGGGGAGAAAACUCGUUAGCUAGUGACAGCAACCCAACUAGGGGAGAAAACUCUAAAGUGACUGACAGCAACCCAUCUAGGGGAGAAAACUCGUUAGCUAGUGACAGCAACACAUCUAGGGGAGAAAACUCUAAAGUGACUGACAGCAACCCAUCUAGGGGAGAAAACUCUAAAGUGACUGACAGCAACCCAACUAAGGGAGAAAACUCGUUAGCUAGUGACAGCAACCCAACUAAGGGAGAAAACUCGUUAGCUAGUGACAGCAACCCAUCUAGGGGAGAAAACUCGUUAGCUAGUGACAGCAACCCAUCUAGGGGAGAAAACUCGUUAGCUAGUGACAGCAACACAUCUAGGGGAGAAAACUCGUUAGCUAGUGACAGCAACCCAUCUAGGGGAGAAAACUCGUUAGCUAGUGACAGCAACACAUCUAGGGGAGAAAACUCGUUAGCUAGUGACAGCAACCCUACUAGGGGAGAAAACUCGUUAGCUAGUGACAGCAACCCAUCUAGGGGAGAAAACUCGUUAGCUAGUGACAGCAACCCAUCUAGGGGAGAAAACUCGUUAGCUAGUGACAGCAACCCAUCUAGGGGAGAAAACUCGUUAGCUAGUGACAGCAACACAUCUAGGGGAGAAAACUCGUUAGCUAGUGACAGCAACCCAUCUAGGGGAGAAAACUCGUUAGCUAGUGACAGCAACACAUCUAGGGGAGAAAACUCGUUAGCUAGUGACAGCAACCCAUCUAGGGGAGAAAACUCGUUAGCUAGUGACAGCAACCCAUCUAGGGGAGAAAACUCGUUAGCUAGUGACAGCAACCCAUCUAGGGGAGAAAACUCGUUAGCUAGCGACAGUAACCCAUCUAGGGGAGAAAACUCGUUAGCUAGUGACAGCAACCCAUCUAGGGGAGAAAACUCGUUAGCUAGUGACAGCAACCAACUAGGGGAGAAAACUCCUAGUGACAGCAACACAUCUAGGGGAGAAAACUCGUUAGAAAACUCGUUAGCUAGUGACAGCAACCCAUCUAGGGGAGAAAACUCGUUAGCUAGUGACAGCAACCCAUCUAGGGGAGAAAACUCGUUAGCUAGUGACAGCAACCCAUCUAGGGGAGAAAACUCGUUAGCUAGUGACAGCAACACAUCUAGGGGAGAAAACUUGUUAGCUAGUGACAGCAACCCAUCUAGGGGAGAAAACUCGUUAGCUAGUGACAGCAACACAUCUAAGGGAGAAAACUCGUUAGCUAGUGACAGCAACCCAUCUAGGGGAGAAAACUCGUUAGCUAGUGACAGCAACCCAUCUAGGGGAGAAAACUCGUUAGCUAGUGACAGCAACACAUCUAGGGGAGAAAACUCGUUAGCUAGUGACAGCAACCCAUCUAGGGGAGAAAACUCGUUAGCUAGUGACAGCAACACAUCUAGGGGAGAAAACUCGUUAGCUAGUGACAGCAACACAUCUAGGGGAGAAAACUCGUUAGCUAGUGACAGCAACACAUCUAGGGGAGAAAACUCUAAAGUGACUGACAGCAAGCCAUCUAGGGGAGAAAACCCGUUAGCUAGUGACAGCAACCCAUCUAGGGGAGAAAACUCUAAAGUGACUGACAGCAACCCAACUAGGGGAGAAAACUCGUUAGCUAGUGACAGCAACACAUCUAGGGGAGAAAACUCGUUAGCUAGUGACAGCAACCCAUCUAGGGGAGAAAACUCGUUAGCUAGUGACAGCAACCCAUCUAGGGGAGAAAACUCGUUAGCUAGUGACAGCAACACAUCUAGGGGAGAAAACUCGUUAGCUAGCGACAGCAACCCAUCUAGGGGAGAAAACUC